AUGGUCUCGAGGUGGGUUGCGGAGCCGACCGUACCAUACCCCGCGGAGAAGUCCAAACCCUGCUGCGGUCGGGUCCUGGUGUGCCUGGUUGUGCGACUCCUAGGUGUGACUCUACAACCCUGGUUCUACCACGCCGCCGACUAUUCGCUUGCCUUUGUGCCCAGCGGGCCCGCUCCGAUCCAUCUGUCUGGUAUGUGGGCGACCUCGCUCCUCGUCGCUCUGGCCGCGCGCCACACCACCGCCUGCACCACACUCAUCGUCGGCAAGGACGCGAGCGUGGACGGCUCAGUCAUGGCGACGCACUCGGACGACGGUGAGAGCAACCCCGAUGCUCGGGUCGUGUACGUCCCGGCCAUGGACCACGCGCCGGGUGCCACGCGGCCAAUCUACUACGACACAGAGGAUUUCCCUCGAUUCGUCGGCGAUCGUGGCGUCGAGGCGUACCUUCAAAAGAACAACCCGGGCUUCAACGCUUCGGUGCCGAUUGGCCACAUUCCGCAGGUGGAGCACACGUUUGGCUACUUUGAGGCGACGUACGGGAUCCUCAACGAGCACCAGGUCGGCAUCGGCGAGUCCACGUGCUCCUCCGUCUUCGGGGCGCAGGCGCGUGGCCACGGAGGCCACGCGCUCUUCUCUGUCGACUCGCUCUCGCGCAUCGCGCUGGAGCGGUCGAAGAGCGCACGCGAGGCGGUGCAGCUAAUGGGAGACCUCGCCGUCGCGGAGGGCUUUUACGGUGCGGGAAGCUUCGAAGGGACCGGCGAGUCGCUGAUGGUGAUCGAUCCGAGAGAGGGCUUCAUCUUCCACGUCCUGCCUGACCACAGUGGCAAGUCUGCCGUCUGGGCAGCGCAGCGCGUCGGCGACAGCCAGGUUGGGGUCGUCGCAAACAUGUUCACGAUCCGCCACCUCCUCCCCAACCGGACGACGCGCGGCCAGCCCGACUUUCUCUUCUCCGACUCGGUGCACGAGAUCGCGCAGCGGAGCGGCUGGUGGAGGCCGUCCGACGGACCGCUCGACUUCACACGCGUGUACAGCGACGGCGAGUAUGCGCACAAGUUCUACUCUGGCCGACGUCUGUGGGGGGCGUACCGGCUGCUCGCGCCCGACGUCCCGAUGCCGAGCGACUACUCCGACCUGCGACCCUCGCCCGUCUACCCAGCGACUGUGAGCACGCGGCGCAAGCUUUCUCCACUCGACCUCAUCGCAGUUCACCGCGACAUGUACUCCGCCUCGGGCGUCACAAAGCUGCGAGGCGCGUGGGAGCGGUCCAUUGCGCUGUACCGCACCUCGCAGACCCACGCGCGCGGCUGGCUCCCGCCCACCAUCGGCGGCGUCGCAUGGUACGGUCCUCACGCCGCGCACGGCACCUGCUUCCUGCCGCUGCACAUCGGCGCGCAAGCCGUGCCCGCGCCGCACGCCGACGCGGACCCGCGAAGCGUGUCUCGCCGCUCCGCUUACUGGGCGCAUAAGUUCGUCCUCAACCUGGCGCGGGCGCGGUACUCGGACAUGAUGGGGGUGGUGCGCGCAGUGCAGCGGCGGCUCGAGGCGGCCGCGUGGGAGCGAGUGCGCGCCGACUCGCCGGCAGCGGCGGCAGCGUCCCUCGCGGCGACGAGCGACGCGGAGGCGGAGGUGAUCCUGGCGGAGUGGUGGGCGCUGCCCGACGAGCUGAUGCUCCGCUUCGCCGACGGGUGGGCGAGCAACGGGCCGGCGAUGGGGUACGUGGACGCGUGGCUGAAGAGGGUGGGGUGGGAGGAGGGACCGCCCGAGCCGCCCAGGGACCCGGCGCUGCCGCGCUGCUGCCAGGACACGUCCGGCGGCGCGGCCUCCUUCGCCAUGUCCCGCCGCCGCGCCAUGCGGUCAUGCAAACGCUAG